CCGGUGUUUGUGUUUCUUAUUGUUCAGGAGAGAAGAGAAGAGAGUGUCGCCGUCUGCACCUGUGAUCAGUCACCCGCCUGCGUCCAUUGUGCACAGACGGGGUGAUUUAUGAUGCUGCUGGCUCUGGUGGCAUGCAGCAACACCGCGUGGUUAAAAAGCCCCUAUAUCCCCGUCUCCCAGCCACUCACUGUUGAUCUCACUGUCCCUUCAUCACUCGCUGCCUCGUUUUCAGAUCUCCGUCUCUCAUUUCUUCAGGCUCUCCUUAUCUCGCUUGCCAUUUCUUAUUUUCCGCUUGAACCUGUUCACUACAAAAAAAAAGCUCAGGUUCUUAUGUUUUUGCUUAAAACGCCUAAAUAUGCAGGUACUCAGUGUUCAGGCAGCUGAUGUUUCUGCUGUUUUUUGUUUUUUUUAUUCUCUCCUCUCUGUCUACCUACACCUUAUUUCUGAAAGAGGAAGGAGGAGACGACAGACAUAUUGUACUCCAGCAGUCCUCCCUUCUUGAUAUUUCCUCUCAGAAACACACACAUACACACUCUGCCCCACCCACAUGUACACCAACACAGGUGCAUACUCAACGCACCAAUCCAUACAGACUGACAAAUAUAAUAUGCUUUGACAAAUGAUACUAUUAAGUGCAUACACACAGAAAUGAUAACCUUGCAAGGAUUCUGACACAUCGACCACACAUACUCUGAAACAUUUCACACACACAGACACACUGAUUUACAAGGUCUUGAUUUGCAGGUACAGCGUCAGCAAACCAGUUCAGGUUUGUCAGCUUUUUGUUCCCAUUGCAUCAACACCAGCAGCAUAACAGUCAACAAUGUUUGACAGCAGAUGAGUUACAGCCACUUAAUUCAGACUACAGUCAGACUUUGAAAUAUUACUUGUACAUUUGUACAGUUAAUUGUCUUCUUAUCAUCUCAGUAGUCAAAUUUUUCAAAGUAGUUGCACAUUUUCCUUUUUGUGAGAUAAACAGUGAAUAGCUUUAAAGCUUUAUGGAAACUGCUGCAUAGGCUAAGAUCAAUAAAGCUUUAGGGUGGAAUUACACACACUCCCCUGCACUGCAUCAGAGACUCCAGAGGCUGAACAUGAAGCCUGCCGUGGCAAAAGAAAACCCAGUGAUGAAUAUUGAAAUGUAUAUGCCAAUUAUUUAUUCGGCUGCAAUUUUUAGUGGUGAAAGUUGAAGCAUGUUUGACCUGGCUUGGGAGCGAUUCAAAUUUUACAACCUUAAAAGAGGAAAAAGCUCUUUGCCCCCAUAUUGUAAAUAUUCAUGCUGCUGGGUUUCACUGUUAGCAUUGUUGAUUUAUAGUCUGCUCCAAAUCUAAAAGCUUUAGAAAUACAGGCUACAGUAAAACUUGCAUUACAGGAAAUACUUCAUUUGAGUGCAGGAUGUAACUUUAUAACUUCAUAAUUAGGUUAACAGAAAAAAACGAGUCACGAUCAUUGUGGAGGUUCAGAUGGAUUGGGCUCAGUUUGGAGUACAUGUAUUUAAUAAAUGAAUUAUAACCUAUUACAGUGCAGUGUGAGAGUUCCCAAACUAGCUCUCAUGAAUAGGCGGACUUUCCCAUGAUAAUGAAAAGCCUCUUAUUCAACAGAAGGACUAUUUGACUAUGUAAUUGAGUUUAAAUAGUUACUCAUGUGAGCAUUUAUCAUGCCUGGAUGAGAUUAUUUAAAUCACAGUAGAUCCACUUUCUGUAACCAGUCUAUUUGAAAUGACCAAAUCUACUUAUGAUCAUCUAAAAUUCAGCUCUUUAAGCUUUUAAGUGGAGACACUGUGUAUAAAUUUGUGUAUCAAAGCUUGUCAAUCUCUAACUCUGAGUUCCAGCCAAGAGCCACCUGGCUGUGCAGACAAAUCACAUAAUUGAUACUUCUUAUAAUGAUCCAAUCUAAAUUGUAGCGUAGAUACUAAUAGUUAUUUUGGUAUGAUAUGUUGUAGACCUGUAAUCUAGUCUCAACAUGAUGAUACAUGAUGAUUAUUAAGCCACCAGUCUAGACUGUCGUGCUUCUCAAACCACCUUUUCGAGCCUGUCUUUGCAAAAUUCAAAAGAUGUUUUUAAAUAGCGGAAAGAAAAUAAUAAGUAUUAUAGAAGUAAACCAUCAUUGUCUCAAGCUACAUGCUAACCCCACUUACUGAACCUCCUUAUACCUCUAAACUUUGGCAAACCCAUAACAGCAAAAUCUCCAACUAUGACGGCCAUUUGUAGGGUAUCACACGGCUCAUGUGUGGAUAAGGAGCUGCUGAAUGAGAGAGCUUACUUAAAAUAGAAGACACGUCAAUCAAUACCCAAAUGCAACUUGCAGCCCAAUCUCUGAAGUUUCUUGCUUGAAUCAAAUUUGGAUUCAAACCCUUAUCUGUAAUAAUUGAGCUAAUUUAAUUUUUAACUCAAUGAAAAAGGGAAUGCAUGUAAAUUUUUGAUAUCAUUUGAUCAGUGAUUCAACAAGCGUUAAUACCGGCUGUCGUAUGAGUCACCAGGCUGUGUUUAAUGUUUGAUUCUGAUUGGACAAAAACCCCCUAACUAUAAUCUUUUUUUAAUAGCACAAGUGACGCAAGCAACAAUCAGAUCCCAUUUGUUUCAGAUAGCACUGAUUCACAUCAUGGGGAAUAUUUUUCACAUUGCCUUGAAAUGAUUCAGAAAGCAAAAAACUUUAGAUUCAUGGUAAAUGGCUGACCAGUCAGCGGCAGAGGAAAGAAACCAAGAGGAAGAAAAACUAAGGAGACUGAAACACAGGAGGAGAUGAGUGAUAGAGAUGUUGACCAAAUUAAAGGAAACAAGACACAAAGUAACCACAAACAGCAACCUUGUACAGGCUUAGUGUUACAGACUAGUUGAGUGAAAUUAGCCCCUUGUUUGAAACGACUGCAUAGUCCUGAAUAAUUAGUCAUUAAUGUCUGUGUAAUGAAUCUCAGUCGAGUCUGCAUUUUAAGCCUCAAUGACUUUUCAUUUAGCACCAUAAAUGACCAAUGAAAGCAAAAAUCCUACUUUGAAGAAGCUGAAGCUAGCUGGACAACAUUUUUGCUUGCACAUUGCUCAGUCUACCAACUGAUUGUCAAACAGCUGAUGAUCAAUAUUUGAUGGAUCAACAACACUGAGUCAUCAAUUUUUCUGCAAAAGGGGAGCUGAAAAAAAAAACUGUUAAGACAAGAGGACAGUAACCAUUCGUAUCAAAUCACUAAUUCAUUUAGUCUGCCUGUCUUUUUUUAUGACUAGAAAGCCAACAUUUCCUCUAUGUGACACCAGGUUGGGGUUUCCUCUAAGUCGGCGGCGUGUCAUAACAUGAGCAGUCUGCUCAGUUUUGUCCUUUGACAUAAUAAAAAGUGUCUGCGUGAAGGCUCCUGGUGGGAAACUGCCUGGAGCUGUUCAGAAGAAUCACGUCAUACUUCACAUUUAAAACGGCUCAUGAAGUUGUUCUCCGGAUUCAAACACACGUGAAUUUACCAGGUAGAAGCUAGACUGAACAAAAAGAUGAUAAUGUCGGCUUUUGCACAGGGAAUCACAGAGAUUUGGGGGGUAACUGACAUGUGCCGGUGACACCUUUGUAAUCAGAUUAGAGUCAGCGCUCAGGGAUCACAGGACCCCCGCUUCUACAACAUCAAUCAAACAUCCAUCAAUCAGGAAGAGACACAGCCUGCUUUCACUACCCCAAAGGUUCAAUGAUCCCCUACAUGUGCUGAAACAGAUCCAAUGACCGGAUCAGUUUCACGAUCAUUGACUGGUGCACGAGCAUCUUAAAAAGGAGACCCCCCCCCCUGAAUCAUAACUCACGGCCAUUAUUCCUGUGACCUUGGACUCUCGAGCUCUCGGGGCAUAGUUAGCGACGACCACAGAGAUCCAUCAGAAGCAAGGAUGGGAAGAGAAAGGAAAGAUCGCCACUUCAGUUUUUAAUCUUUGAUGUCAUCAAGAGCCGAGUCCUGCAGCGGGUUGAUGACAUCACAGAUUACAAUCUGUGGUUUCUUUUUUUUGGGGGGGAGAUUGCCCCACAAAUCCAGAGAAUAGGUGACCACAGAUACAGUGAUUCAUCUGAGGGGUGGCUCAUCAUUCAUCCUCACACCCUCCUCCACCUCCUCUUCUUUCUCCUCCUCCUGUUCCACACCCAAACCUCCACCUACUCCCCCCACCCACACCCCACCUUCUUAUUCCCUCGCCACCCUACCUGGAUCCCAUUUUCUAGAAGAUUCUUUCCCAGCUGCUAUCAUGAGAUGCAUCUGUCACCUGUGUGUGAAUCCGGCUGUGUGCAGGCUUGAGUAUGUGUGUCAGUUUAUUGCCUAAUCUGUGUGUGUGUGUGUGUGUGUGUGUGUGUGUGUGUGUGUGUGUGUGUGUGUGUGUGUGUGUGAUUUGUGUGUGCGUGAAGGUUCAAUAAAGAAGCAGAAUGAAAGAAAAAUAUGUGUCAUGUCCUUGCUGGCCCCUCAAAGGAGAGGGAGCGAUCUAUUUCUGUCGCCACAAAUGGAGGUGUUCAAGCAGCCUUCAAUAGCAGAGAUAUACCUCUUCACACACACACACUCACACACACACACUUCUUACACACAUGCACUGAGGGAGCUAGAGAAAAGGCUAACCAUUCUUGUGUGGCGCGAGAGAGGCUGAGCGAUGAAAAAGAUAAUAGAGUGGGAGAGAAUUAAGAGGAGGAGGAGGAGACGGAAAAAAGGAGAGGAAGAAAGUGAGAGAGCAGGGGGAGGGGGGAGGAGGAAGGAGGAAUAAUGUACUCUGAGUACAUAAAUAUUGGCGCACACACACACACAUACACACACACACAUGAAAGCAGAGUGCUAGUUGUUUACCUAGAGGCAUGCCUUUGUUGAGGAGAUGUGAGCUUCCCAUGGUGCUUUCCCCAGCCGGCCAGCGCGCAGCACAAACCUGCAGUCUUCACACAGCAGACAUGAACAGGAAUCCAGUCAGCAUAUGGCGGCUGUGGCCAGCUACCUCGCUUCCCUUAGUCCUUCUCCCAGCCCCUCAGUGACAAGCAUACACAUGUGCUCCCCCUCUUUCUCUCUCUCUCUCUCCCCUCCCUUCCCUUCCGUCCCCUUCCGCCUGCUCUCUCUCUCUCUCUCUCUAUCUCUGCCUUACCCCUCCCUCCCACACUCACUGUUCCGUCUCUAGCUCCCUCCCACCCCUCCCCUUUCUCACUUUCUGUAACAGCUAAUCUCUCUGUCUUUCCGUCUCCCCCUCUGUCUCUGUCACCAAAAAAAAACACGUUGCGCACACCAAAUGCAGCAUUUAUAGGAGCAGGAGAGCAAAAAAAGAGUCAGUUCAGGGGAGAGAGUGUGUGUGAGAGAGAAGGCAGGAAUGGGGAGGAGCCAACGCCGGCCAAAAUUCAUCUUUUGUUUCCUGAAAGACGACAGGGAGGGGAAGAAGAAAGAAGAGUUAUGCAAUUACAAGGCUGUAGCAAGAGAGGAAAAACUUGUUCUUUCUGCUCCAAGGGAAACUAUUAUCAAAGCUCAUAAACUUAAUUAUAAAAAGGGCAAGGACGUGUUGAAACAUAAAUCAGAGCAUGUUUUAAAUAAACAAUGGGAAACCCAAACUUAAUCUGUGGUUUUGCUUUUCAAACAGUCUAUUUUGUACCUUUAUGAAAACACAAAUCAGUUAUGACAUCAAAAUGUGUGAGAGCUCAUUCAGACGUCAUAGUACAGAACAGUUUGAAAACCUUGUUAUAGGACAGGUAUGUAGGAGAAGGGCAUGAAGAUCAAAACUUGCACUUGUCAUAUAAACCUGGCCUUACAGUUACUCUGAGGUAUAAUGCGCAGUAUCAUUGGCAUAAUACUGGAAAGAUAAGAUUAGAAGAACUUUAUUUAUCUCCGAAGGAAACUUCAAUAUUGGUAGAUACUGAUUUAAAAAGUAAAUUCCCGGUAUUGUCCAAGAAUGUAAGGCUGAUAUGGUGAUGCAGUGAUGAGUCCACACAAUAAUGAAUGACACACACCAUCAACAAGCUUCACCAUGUUGGUCAUACUGAGGUGUUUUCAAGAAUCAGCAGUCACAUUAUUGGAUGUUAGAGAUUGUGAAGAUUGGGGCUGAUAUCGAUGUUAAAAUGAGCUGUUUAGCCAAUACUUGGGUUUUCUGCAUUACGUCUUUGAAACGACAGCAAGGCAUAAUAGCUUUACAGCUUGAAACUGAUGUAAUAGAUAAAGGGAGGAAACAGGAUUCAGUUUAACAUCGCCAGCUGAAAUUGGUACAUGACACAUUUUUUGUUGACGUUCUGAUGACUGUCAACAGAGCAGAUAUUUGCUGAUACUGAUGUUUGACUGAAAAUAUCAAUAUCACCCUAAAGCUCACUUGCUGUUGUCAAACCAACUUUUAUAGACAAACCCGUGACAUAGAAAUGGUCAAUUCAGUAAAAUAGGUCAGAAUUAACUUGGUCCUAAAAUUUCAUUACUUUCACCUGAUUGUUUAAGUAUCACCUGAAGCACUUUCCUUUAAAUACUUGUGUUAUUAAACAGGUCCAAAAAAAAGUUUCUGUCGUAUUCGCAAUAUUUUCUCUUCAUCUGCGCAUUUUGUGGCUGUUUCCAAAACAAAUUCAGGUUUAUAAUUCCACACAGAACACCUGAGAACACUGUUUUGAAAUAACACAUAGUCAGAUGUCGUCUCAUUACUUCUGUAUAAUGAUAAAUGAUGCCGAUUACUGCCAAAAGACAAAUAAUGAAGCCGUCAGCAACCUAAAAAAAUGUUAUGUGUGACUUGGCAUGGGCAGUAUCUCUUCCUCUUUUGACUCCUUUGAUAUAUAAUUGUACUUUUGAUAUGAAGAUAUGACAGGUGGGGCAUCUUAUCACUUUCUCUCUUCAACUUUUCUUCUCUUUGCUUCUGUCUGGCGAUCACUUUCACACCUGCUCAGGCUCUUUCUAUUCCUGCUGCUCUGAUGUUACGGUUACUCUUUCUCCACUUGGCCACUUGAUAACCACAGUGAUAUAAUCAGCCUCAGACACCCCCACCCCAACUGCCAGGCUCUAACCUAGUUGAAAGGCAAUGAGGGUUACGUCACAUCCUCACUAUUGGUAAAUGUCACAGACGGCCGGUGGGCGAGUGGUUCGAGUCCAAAAAACAGGCAGAGGGUCAGACAAACUGUUGUUUUCCACACUGUUAGGAGGGUGACUCACGACCCUGUCAUAUGUGAUCACCCCCACCAUUCUCCUCAGCCAGUCUGUCGGCUGCUGUUUUUCAUAAACACAAAAUUAAACAGAUUUAGCUUAAGAAAUGUUAAAUUUCCUCUUCAAAGGAACAUCAGCAACAAGCUCCUCCUUAUUCUCUGCUUUAUUUAGACAGUGGAGCAGGUCUCUGCAAAAGAAUUCACGAUCCCUUUGAAGAGGGGAUAUUUCUUUGAUAAAUAAAUCCUGCUGAAUUUUGCAGGCACUACUCUGUAGUUGCUGUGUUCAUGACUGAGUCACAGAGCAUAGGAAUCUGAUGGGGAUAACGCCUAAGAAAGACUCUAGGAGGUAACUCUGUGUACGGCUCAAAAGGAAAUUGCAUUUGGCAUGUUUUGUGACAGCUUUCUUUGUGAGAGCUGCAGGCAAAUGCCACCAACACCACUACUCACUGUGACUCUACAUGUGUUCACUCAAUGAUGGUGACAGAUAGAGGAGUCACAGAGGAAGGAGACCUGACUCAGUUAUUCCUCAAACAGGCAGAAAAUGCUCAAGCUAAUCUAGUGUAACACAAAACAUGUAAUCACACACUUCUGGGUAUUUAAAAAAAGAAAACAUAGAAUCCAGAAUUUAAAUGGUUCCAGUUUAUAAGACACAGUCUAUUCUUGAGAUCUCCCAAAAAAUAAAAGGUUUAAACUACCUUGCUGCAUAAAGACCCCUAUUGCAUUCAUCAAUGUGCAGUUUCUGUGCAGCUGUGUUUCUCUCACUCCCAGCACCAGUUUCUCCUAAAUAGAGUCCAGUAGCGGAGCUCAGCCUACAUUAGUAGUGACAGUUGUGAAGUACUGACUGAUGCACCACCUGCAACCGAUUCACAGAGACGUUCACCAACCCCCUCACUGGUCACUGUCACUUGUCUUAAAUUGAGGAGUAUUCUUAAUCAGAGUGGCAUGUCUGAACUUGCCUUAAAUUAGCCGUCUUUUAACAGCCCACACUGGUUGCGAGUAAGAAUCUGAGUGUAUGGAGAUAUAGGAUAGAUCAGCCUUUUCCUUACUUGAUUUACUAGCUUUGUAAACAAAUAUUCAACAGUUUUGGUUACAAUCAGUAGUCCCGAAUUUCCUUCAAUUCUUUCUCUAAUUAAUAGUCCAUUCAGAGUAAAAUAAUCUGUCAAGGUGUGGCUACUUUGGGUUGCUACUACAACAACGUGUUGUCCUUCAUAUUCCUUUAUACAGGCAUUGCUAUAUAUUAGUACCAAUUCAAAUACAGUCGCCUAUGGGUCCAAUAAAAACAAUACGGUAACAGCUGACCUUUGGCCUCAAAACUGCAGUUCACUAAUUAAUUGUUACUGUCCGAGAGACCAUGCUCACUUCAUCACAACAUUACAUGUCACAAACCCUUCAUAUAUACACAUAUAUCAAAAUACUUUAUCUAUAUGCUGUAUAUGUAUUAUCUCUACAUGUGCACUUUAAUGCCAGUUUUUACAAUGCAGUAGACUUUGACAAGAGGGGAAGUUUCAAAUCAUUAUCUGUAGCAAGAGUGGAAACAGGAAAUUAGCUUGCAAAACUUGACUUGCAGUCACCUUUUGAACUUUAGGAGGCAGUGACAGCCGCUCUGAAUAAACUCGAGGUUCGGACAUUGAGAACAUGUACGUGAAGUCUGAGGUUUCAGACUUUGAAAAUGUGUUUGUCACAUAAACACUUGGAAGGUCAUUAAGAUUUUAUUCCUCGAGGAGAAAGCCAACACUACCUCAUACCUGUACGAUGCGUAGGUUGAUUAUUAGUCUGACAUUCAGUAGAUGUUAAGCACUUUGUUUAAGUGUUGCUGAAAUAAUCUUCAGUAAAGAUUAAAAUAAGUAUCUUGGUUACAUAAGUGUGUUUUUUGUUAGCUACUUAAAUAACUUAAGGGGGAUUUCUGGCUGCUCUCUUUGGUUUAGGUCAGGUCUUUGUUUUUUUACUCCUCUACCUUUCUUGCCAGCCUCUCUACAUGAACUUUUUUUUCUUUCUUCUGCAUCCGCUGUGCUUCUUUAUUCCUUGUGUUAAAUUACUCCAACCAUUGUAGGUUGCUGCAUAAAAUAAAUAUUGACUUCGCCAAGACUAUGUGGGGGGGUUUUUAUAGUCUGUCUUAAAAAAGCUAUUGUACUGAACUACAAAUAAAUGUUGAGGGACUUAAGAGCUUUGUGAGGGAGUGUUAAAUACUUUAUUCACACUGAAAAACGUGUUAGCCACUUGCUGUUCAUAGGUGGGAGGUGUCCUGCCACAACAACUAAAUUAAAACCAACAAAUAAUGCCUGUUUUAUUGGCCGAAUACCUGCAGUCCCUAAAUUACAUCCGCAGCUCUAUAUUUAUUAUUACUCUACACAUUUCUGUAAGGUCCAUGUCUGAAAGGAUUCAAUACCAGCAGUGCCAGUUACCUGUGUAACAAAGACAAGGUGCUGGUCGAGGUUGAGUUCUCAUUCUAAAUCCAAACUGACAACCCGGAGCCAGUAAUGUGAGACGCUUCAGACACAUUUAUUGUGUCGACAGAGCCGAUGGCAACCACUUCUUUCACACAAGAAACUAAUGUUCCCCAGGAGAUAAAGAACACAUGAAACACAGUGCUUCUAAAUAAGGAUGGAGAGAGGAGACGACAGAGUGGAAAGACAAUACCGGAGCGCCUCUGUAGCUGCACAGAGUGAAAGAAUAGAAGGAAGAAACAAAUCAUGAUGGGCAGAUUAUUUAAUGCUGCUCAUGAGGGAAAAGUGGAGUACAUAGGAAGUGAGGCAAGGAAAGCGAUUUGGCUGCCUUACAUUUCGUUUAUUUCGAUACAAAGCUCAGGGUUAAACGGGUGCAAACAAGGCAGAGAGUCACACUAUUAAUGUGUGAGUUUGGACUCUAACAGUGACACUCUGUCUUCAUUUUAUCACUCCACAUCUUUUCUCUACUCUCACUCCCUCACCUCCCCCCUGCCUGCCUUCUACCUCCCUCUCUCUGUCUUCUCUAUCUCCUUACCUCCUGCUUUCCAUCAGCCCAGCUUGCUUUUUCAUCAUCUAUCUUUCCUAAAUUUCUCUUUCAAUCUGAUCCACACUCCAUCAACGCUCCCCCCCCCCCCCAAAAAAAAGCUCUUCGUUCCCGCAUCUCUCCAACUCUUUUUUCCAUCUCCACCCCCUCCCCACACUCCUCUCCCCUCCUACCCAAUCUCUCCGUCUCUCAGUAGUCACUGCAGCGUGUCUAAUGGUUCAGCUCUUUCUCAGCAGAUCCACCAAGUGGAGGCCAGGCGAGCCGCAGCACCGACUAACCCCCCCACCCCCCAACCGCUGGCCUUAUCAAGACUGACAGCCAGCCAGCUAAACCUGGAGCUAUCACAAACACACACACACACACACUCACAAUCACACAUAAUUACAGUGAUAGAAGCUUGUUCGCAGAGAAAUUAAUGUUAACUCACACAAGCAGUCACAUGCAAAAACAACUGCACAGGAAAACUGUGGAUACAGGUUUCAAAUCAAAUACACAAUGCAAAUAAACACAGCAGCAACCAAGCAUGCAGCAACAGAUAAAAUGCAUUACAAGAAAUGCACCCAGCCCAACAGAUGCACUCUUACCCUACAGCUCGUACAGAUGCAGGCACACACAGACGGAAAAUUUGAUUUAUAGAGACUGACAGCAUGCUGCAGAACAAUGUGGAUGCCACUACACAGGAAAGGGAACAGAUAGAGGAGAAAAUAGAAAUCUAAUCUGCUAUAAGGGGAGACAGGUGCUGCCUGCAUGAGGGAUCUCACCAAGAGUUAAAGAUAAGCAGAGGAGAGAGGAUGAACUGAGCGAAAGGAGAUAAAAUAGGUUUGACCGGGAGGAAAGAAACAAAAGAGAUGAAUUAAGGUACAUGUUGUCAGAAAACAGAUUGAAGUCACAGGAGGAAAAAUGAGAGGGCAAGAGCUGAAAAACAGCAGAAACAAAGAAGGUGGAUUGCAGCAGAGUGAGCGAUGAGGAGGAGGAUAAGGGGGGAGCAUGGGAUGAAGAUCAAUCUCAUAGAAGGUUUUAUGUACACAAUGAACCGACUGCACUCAAUACAAUGUUACUAUACAAAAGCUUAAGGUUAGAGAUCAUGUCAGCUUCCUCAGCAGGACCAGAGGACAAUCAAUCCUCCUUAAAAUCUUAUCUUAAAUAACAUGAUUGUAAUGACAAUUAAGGUGUCGCUUACAUAAAAUCAUUUACCAUUAGGACAUUCAUAGGACGUUUCAAAACCUCAAAGGUAUUUAUUAAGUUAUUUUUCCAAUCACAUCAGUCCAAAACAAAGUACAUUCAAUAUAUUUACUUACCAAGAGAAAUGGUAUUAAAUGCGGCAUCUUAUCUCAUCAAAGCUUCAGCUCAUGACUGCUGAUAUACUCUGUGUGAUACUUUAAUGUCAGUCAUUUAAGUAGGUAUAAUUAAACAAAAUCAGAACUAUAGAUUAAUUUAUGUGUGCACAUGAACUUCACAGAUGUCGUCAACAAAAAUUGAUGGCAAAUUUUGUAUCAAACAUCUUAGUCAUGGCAUGUGUUUUCAUGCUGUCUAUUCCUUACAUUGUUUUCUACUGUAAAAUUGCAGAGGAGUGAGGUGUGUAUAAUGGUACCACAAAAGAUAAUGAGUGAGCACACCUGGCGAGAAGCUUUGUUGGACAAUUACAAAAUAAUUACAUAGAUAUUGAAAUAGUAACCAUCCUACACAUAAAACUAAAAAUAAUUAGUCUUAACAUUACCACCAUAUUUAAAAGCCAAGCUAACGAGGAUUUCCAAGCUGUUAGGCCUGAGUGAUUGAGCAGUUCUUCAUGCUGUUUGUCAGUUUAUCAUUUCAACACUCAAGGACAAGUCGACCUUAAAAAUAGUAGUUAGUUGCACUCCCAGUACUUCGUGUCGUGCCUGUGAAAGCCAGUGUUGGCUCAUUCUGCCCCUGCCUAAAAUUACAAAUAAUUAAUUCAUUAUCAAUUUCCCAUCAUGCAUAUUUAAAUUGGGACAUUUUUCACAAAGACCAGGGUAGGAAACUGUUUUGCAAAACGGUUCCAGGUUUGCAUUUAUGGUGCAAACCUGGAACAAUUUGAUUUUUUCGUUGUUUUAUUAUUGAUUAUAUACUGUUGUUGAAUAAGAAGCACUUUCUCUUUAUGAACAACGUUAAGUAAAUUUGGCUCUAGAUCUUAUGUAUUUUUGAGCCCUAAGAGGUGCUUGUGAAGAUAGCCAGAAUGAAGAAUAAUUAAUAAAAUCAACAGAAUAAAGCCUUAAAUGUGAUGAGAUAUGGAAUUAUCUCUGUCAGGGUAAGGCUUUUCUGUAGGUCAAUGAUUUCUGUGUGACAUUUUAUAAUUCUGAUUUAAGGUCUAUCAAAAAAGGAUUUUGUGCCUCUUUUCAAAUCAAAAAAGCACCAUAGCUGUAUAAAAAAUAAAAAUUCACAGUGCAAGAACACACAAGUGCAGUCGUGUCCCUCUUGUUUGACUUGGCACAGAGUUAUCUCCCCCAAACCUAAACAUAGUCCAGAGCCAAUUGUUAGCACAGCUGCCGCUUUCGCCUAAACUCACAGAUUUGUGAACACAUAUACACUAAUACAAAAAUUACACAAAGGAAACUUGUGAUAAUAGGCCAAAAAUACAUAUCCCAAACCUUACACCUCCUUCCUCUGUGUUUAUGUCCUCUCUUACACAUGCUGUUCCAAAGCUGUGUGAGGGAGGGCCAUGAGGCAGAUAAUGGGCCAAUUGUAAGGCAUUGUAGGUUGCAUCGGCCAAUCGGCACAGUGUGAUACUGGACAGCACCCAGUGGCAAUAUGUUUAACACAACUGGGGGGCGGGUGUUCUCGCUCACACAGGAAAAGAAAUGUUGCUGUGAUCUAGAAAUGUGUAGGGGUUUUUCAUACUGUUUCCACUGUAUAUCCUGUUUAUAUACACACACUAGAGAUAAUACAUUUUAAUUACAGGGGAAAUACAUAUGUAGGGGGCUGAUUAUAGGAGGAAAGUUUGAUUUCAAACUUAAAAGUCAUUUCUUGUCAGUUGAUGAAAUACAAUAUUGAUGAUGAUAAAUAUAUUUCUGUAAUAAGUUUUCCACUUAAUUGAAGGUGGCUGUCUGCAACUACAUUUAUACCUUGUUUCUUGAUAUUGAUUAAUGACUGCUUCAUCUUCACUGAUGUCAAGCAUCACCACCUUAUAUAGUUGACUAAUAAUGCCUUUAAAAAUACCCGAUUGUUCUCGCUCCUUCUUAUUCUAACAAAAAAGCAGACUGCUGUGAGUUAACAGUCAAAUAUUUCGCUCAACAAAUGUAAACCACUGAAGCAUAUUAAUUGGCUUUUUCUUCAGGGUGCUGUUUUGUCUUUUUCUGCCUUUGUGUGAUUUGGUUUCAAUGAUCAAAGUAACCUUGCAGAAAUAGUCUUGCUGAUGAUUUCACUUGCUUUUGUAACUCCCAAGAGGUAUGACUGGGCGAUAUAUCGAUAUAAGAAAUAUAUCGAUAUAUUUUUAAAUGAGAUAUGGAAUUAGACCAUAUCGCAUAUAUAGAUAUUACGAAUAUAUAGAUGCUGUUGUUGACAGGUUGGUGUUUCUCACACAAAAUCUUCAAACGAAGAAGGACACACUUGUCUGUCCUCUAAUGUCGACCUUAAGACAGCACUAACUGUUUAUCAAAGUAAAAAAGAAAGAAGAGGGGGAAAUGUUUAACGAGUUCAUAGUCUCGUGCAACUGGUUGAGACUGUUAAGAAGAAAAGAAAGACAGACAGGUAAUCUCAAAAUGAUGUUUACAAACAAUUUUCUUAAACUGAGCACUUUAUUUUGUUCUGUCUUUAUACAUGUAAAUGCUGCCCUUACUAGGGUUUGUCAUAUUUAAUUCUUUUGUUAAAGAGGAGAAGAAAAUCUGCCAUUUGAUUUUAAUAGGCCAUUUAUAGUUGUCAAAAUGUUGAUGCUUUUCCCAUAUAAAUACAUUUAUUUCAGAAAAAGAUUGGCCUAUUUUAAUUUAUGGGCUAUUCUUAUUUAUGAUAUAUUUUUCAUUUAAAUGUAUACCUUAUGGAGCUCCAAUUUUUUUAAAAAAAGGUACACCUGUGGUUAUACAGUAUUUAUGUUUACAUUUUAUUGUUCUUUGAACAGCUGGGCAUAAUUUCAUCUGGCCAGUUUAAAUAGAACUACUUGUGACAUGUUGUAUUUGGCUUUGACUGUGACUAAACAUUUGCUCUCACUUUGUGAAAACAAUAUCAGGAUAUAUAUCAUAUAUCGAUAUUCAGCCUAAAUAUAUUGGGAUAUGACUUUCGGUCCAUAUAGCCCUGCCCUACCAAGAGGCAUUGGUAUUCAUUCAGUCUCCUCACAGAGGCUAUGAAGUGCACUUUAAAACUGUAAAUUUAACUCCUAUAAUUUCAAUUAUUGGCAACAGGAGAUUUGCUCCAGCAAUCUGCUCAUGUAGAAAAUGUGACGUUUAAACAAGCUCCAGAAUUGUCAUAAAACAUGGCCAAUCUAUUAGUGAGAUUGUUUCUAUGGCAACCUGAUAUUGACUGUUAGUAAAUGAACCCGCUGUUUUAACUUAGUUUCAACAAAGUGUUCCUCUGGAGUCACAUUUGAUUAGAAAAACAUCGAAUAAUGUCAAACAAAGCACCACAUACACACGGUUAAUGCCGACACCGUCUCGCCAGGUGGCGGUAGUGAGCAGCCAGGCCAUUCUGACUUGAUAGAAAAAAACACAAACAACCACAAGAAAACCAUAAAACCAAGAUGGCGGUGCAAGAGACAGCAUCUCAACUGUCCAUGGCUCUCAAAGUCCAAGAAUAUCCCACCCUGAAGGUAAACAAAAACUAAUCGUGGCAUAUAUUUGUAGUCUAUUGAUACUCACGUGUCCACAGUAGAGGUACACUUUAAUAGUGCAGGGGAAAUGGAGAUUAUUAGUUCAGGUGAUCGCGAGAGCAGCGAGCUUGUCAGGGAGGCUAACGUUAGCAGGGGCAGCUUAGCCAGGUAGAUCCGUCCACUUUACGACCUGCUGGGUUUGACAAAGCAAGCGCAAAAAUCCACUAGACUGACCGAUUAUAGCGCAGUCGGUUAAUGGAUUUCCUUGUCAACGCAUUAAUGAAUUCUGAUAAUUGUGGUGAAGUCUGGCAGGCCUCAGGGAUGCUGGCUCAAGUUGAGGCGUAUUGUUUUUGACAGAAUUAACCUUUGACAUGUCAGUUAACGCAGCUCUAUACGGCCAGUGAACGCAGCAUGAACGUUAUUAAAUUGUCUCGAGACGUAUCGGAACGACCGUUGAUCUGUUUGAACUAUUUCCAUGGCUACGGUCGCUAACCUGUUUGACCGUUGGAGCGUUACAGGGUGAUGUAAACGUCGUUACAAACAUCGAUAUCGGUAUGAAACAUUAAAACGCUGCUGUUGUUUUUUAUCAAACAGGUAUGACGAUAAAAGAAAUUGCUGGUUGGCCUGUUAGCAAGCUAGUUUCUGUGGCAAAAACCUAGUGUUCGCCAUAUUCACCGUCGUUCAAAACGAGUAGCCAACCAGACACGUUACGUCGAGCAUGCAAAUAGGUGCUGGCUGAAAUGUGGUUGAUAACACGGGGGGGGUUGAGCCUGUAACGCCGUAACGCUGUCAGACAAUCAGCUCCCUGCGAGUUAGCGCAGUGUCAUCACAUUGCUGCUGCCUCUCUGCUCUUCAAAAUGGCCAGCCAGAGAAAUCACAGCCCGGUGCCGCACACACGCACUGUUCCUCCAUUCCACAUAACGUUACUGCGACACCACUGCUAAAAGACGAGCUGAAACAAGCCCGGACUGCUCCCUGUGUUUCAGCCGCCUCACACGGCAAAGACAGUGUCGUCGUAUCAAAGCACGUUUGUGAGUAGCAAUAUACUGGCAGCUUUUGUGGGGGUACCUAACGGCAUGAUGUAAUGUUGUAUGUAGCGUGGCGUUUUGGUGUAGUUGGCGAUGAUUAGACAUGUCUGCGUUGAGAAAGCAUGGCUGUGGUUUGGGGGUAUGUCUGCCUUUGCUUGGAUGCUGCAGUAAGGAUGGUGGGCACCAUUUUAAGACAAGACCAGUGAUGGUUAUAAUUGGCAUCAAAUGGGAGUUUACAACAUGGGAAGAGCAGUGUUGAUUACAUUUGGAGCUAUGUUGAGCAGAAUUUUAAUGUCCCCAAUGUUGUCUAAUAGUGGAAUCUGCUAAUCUUCAUCACCAAAGACAGUAGGUGUUGAUUAUUAUGUCCUUACUCAGUCAGAUGAUCUGUUUAAAAGAAAAUCAUUAAGCCUAAUAUAUAUUUGUGGAGGGUUUGUUUUAUGACUAUGAGUAUAAUCCAGUGGUUGUGUAGAGAUUUUUCUGGUAGGUACUUGAACAAAGAAAUGACAGGCACUCACUGAUAACAUAAUCCUGCAUAUUAAAACUGUCUUCAUAUUCAGUGUUUGUAGCAGUGAUAAUCCAGACAUGUUAAAUUAUCCUUGUAGUUUAUAGCUUUUUUCAGUGUAGUUAUUUAUAUGUUAUAUAGAGAUUGUAAUUAGACUGUAGAUGUCUCUUGCAGGGAUCAUCCUCCUAAAAAAACAUGAAAGACAACCUCAGACACAGACUCAGCCUGGAUACUAAAGAGGAUAUUUGACAUACAUGUCAAUUUUCCAAUAAACCUAAUUGCACACAGAAAAUAUUAUAUUCCAACCAACUUCGACGAGUAGAAUCAUCAUGUUAUUUAAAUAUGAUCAUCUAUAGGCCCUGCUUGACACUGUUAUGUAAAGAAAGUGCCUAAAAAGUCUGAACUUUUGUGGUGAAGGCUUAUGUUAAUGAUCUUGAAAUUGGCUUGCAAAAUAUCAGUUUAUUCUGCUUUAGUGCAUCUAGUGAGUAAAAUACAGAAAAGGCAAGAAGUUAAAUCAUGAUCUGCAUAAUAAUUUGCAAUGAUCCUCCACAUGCCCUCAUCACACCAGACAUAUUAAUAUCAUAAUUUCUUCAAAUGAAAGGUAAAUGUAAUCAAGUUGAAAACCCUCUGCUUUUGAGGUCUGCUGGAAGAUGUUAGAUUGCAUACACUGAUGCAAAUUUAAUGAACAGUUAAUGUUUUUCAUUUCUUUUUUUCAUCAUGAUCUGCUUUUAUGACUUCUACAGCUAUAAUCUGAUGAAUUCUCAAUUAUGGUGUCGAUCUGCUCUCCAACUCUGUCCCAACAACUGAUUUGCACAGUGUUCUCGUGGCAGAAUGUAAUUUGACUUGGCCUGUCUGGGAACAAAUGUACUGGAGAAUAACAUCAAGCUAAUGCUGUUUCGAUGUUUUGCUCUUCAUUUGGUAGUAUGCACAUUCCUGAGCAGGAUGGGCCCCCUCUCACUGCCAACUGGACUCUGUUAUUUACAACAGCACCCAAACGGUCUUGUUGCACUAUUAAUCGUUGAGUCCUGUUCUGAGCUCAAAUUAGGCAAAUUAAGAGUUGAAUUUUUCAUUUAAUAGUUAUGGUUUUAAUUUUUAUAAUUCAUACAAAGUUCUGUAGAAAAACGUCCACAGCUUUGUUUCGAUUUACUGGCUGUGAGCUUCAUCUUCUUCUGAAAUGCUAAUGGUCUUUGAAGUGAACCUGGCUCUGUUUAAAGGAAAAAGGAUUAUCUCAGUGGAUCAAAGCUCACAGAUUUUUUUAAUGUAAUAUCUAAGAAAAUGAGCCACAGCAGUUGCUCUUCAACAAAUGAGUAUCUGAACCAAUCUCCUUUUUUAUUUCUAAGUGGGACGGCACUGUGCUGUCAGCUCAAGAUGUUUCUGAGCUCAGAUCUCACAUCAAACACCUUUUCUCCGAUAAGAAUAGUGUUUAUGAAAGGUCUUUAUUUUCCUGAUAUAUUCUUCGCAUUAAUGGUGUCAAAGUUUGGGAAACAGUUUCUUUAAAUUGAUAAAAGAGCAAUGAUUUACACAAUUACUGUUUCAGAGCUUUUGCCAUGGUCUGGGUCUUUGAAUCUAGUAUAACAGAAAACUCCAAUCAAAUAAAAAUGAAAGUACAAGAUGUUGUUUGGGAACUGUUUACAAGAACUUUUCUGUAUUAAUGGGAUUGAUAUUCAAAGUUAAUUAUUCACAUUUUUACUCAAAAAGCUGUGCACUAAUGGCAGCAAUAGUAACCACUUGUGGUAAGAAUUUUUUCCUCAAAGAGGUCCAAACACAGGAUACAUAAUUUCUCAUUUCACAGUUGCAUCCUAAGUUACUGAAAGAAAUUUGUUUUUGACUAUUUGAGUCUCAGUUGUGUUGCUUUGACCAGUGUAGAUCAGCCACUUGUGAAUGGCCUGUGUAAACGACCGCAAUUUUUUUUUCUUUAGUUUUUACAAGCCUGCGCCUCUGUCCUAACUAUUUUUUUUCCUUCGAAGUUACCUAAACACCAACUGUUGCUGCAGGCGAUUUUUUGUACCAACCUUCAACCAUUUGCAAGCCUUUAUCAACAUAGUAUAAAUUUGUCUUCGCAUUUGUCUCAAGCAUUUGUGACACCAUUAGAUCUAUUUAGCUGCACGCUUACCAUGGAUUUCUGAUACUCUAAGGUUAACAAGGCAUUGUGGUUGCAGGUCCCCUACGAGACCCUGAACAAACGCUUCAGGGCGGCUCAGAAGAACAUCGACAGGGAGACGAGUCACGUGACGAUGGUUGUUGCAGAGCUGGAGAAGACGCUGAGCAGCUUUCCAGUGGUGGACUCUGUGGUGUCACUGCUGGAUGGUGUGGUGGAGAAACUCAGCGCUUUGAAGAGAAAGGUGAGGGAUACAGGGGCACCCAACAGAGGUGGUUUUUUGGCACAGUUGAAGUCAUUUUCUAUGUGUGCAAACACUCAUAUUUCCUGGUGAGUAAAUCUACUCUCAAACGGGUAAAUCAUUCAGUGGGUGCUCUCCUCCUGCACAGGUGGAUAGUCGUUUUAGCAAAAAAAAUGAACUGCAUGAAAUCUGCCAGAACAGACAACAAAUUCAGCUGGUCUGGGAUUAAUUAAAUAUUGUGCUCAGUUUGCACCAGGCCAACAGAACGCCAUCGUGCAUGAAAACCCUUAGAGAAGCUAUGAGCAAAGCACAAUUGUUGGAAAUUUGUGAAUAACUUGCACUGAUUGCUUUUAGUUAAAAAGAUUGCUGAUAGUAUGAGUGCUAACCAAAGUUCCUGCCAGCAAGCACAACCACAUCAUUACCCCCAAUAUUGACAGCAUUACUUUAAUGUGGCCAUGGUUUUUGCCUCUGUUGACUGUUUGUGUUAGGGGUGGAAUGCUACCAGUCAGGUUCUCCAGUUAAACCACACUUCUGUUCUUGUGUAUCAACAAUUAGCCCAACAGUUUUCUUGUUUAAUUUGAUAACAUAUACGAUUUCUUGUUAUAAAGGCAAGAACAUACUUUACAGUACAUACACAGUCUCUCACCUGAAGCAGGGCAAUGUGGGCCAAAUGUUCGAAAUAAAAUCUUGAUGGUUUAGUCCCAGGCCUGAAAAGGAAAUGAACAAAGAGAAGUUGGGUUAAAAUCAAUCUUGUGUAGAUGUGGGCCAUGUUGCAUAUGUCUGAUUUGAAAUGACAAGUGCAAGGGCUUGUGCACAAAGGAAAGCAUCCAUGCACUGUAUAAUUUCAGACUCUUUUAAUCAACUCUGGAAAAGUGCUUCAUUGAUAAUUUACUGCAAAUGAAAUCAGAUUGUUUUUGAUUUAUUUUCUUUGUUAGGAAGACAAAAAUCCCAUGAACGCUCCUCCCUCUUGGAAACCUAUUCAUGACAAGCAUUUGAUGUUAUAAAACAACGAAGAAGUAUGGAUACUGAAUCUGUGCCAGUUCACUUCCAGUAGUUCCGUUUCACACAAUGUACAAUCCUCUGUUCUCAGAUUUAGAGGAAAAAUGCAGCUGGAAUUGUUCUUGGUUCUGUUUGUAGUCCCGGUCUUGUAUGCAGCCAUGAUGUCAAGUGCUGAGAGAAGCUGCACUGUAAACCAGGAUAAUAUUGGCUGUAAUCUAAUGAUGAUUUGGCUUCAAUUAAUCCAGCUAACAAUUUGCACCACAUGUUGCCUCUCAACUGUAACUCCAUUCUUGCUUCUAAAGCAGCUAGUUGGACUGUAAUUAUUGAUUAAAACGAAGGGGAAUUCAUUUCUGGAAACCCUUCAACGUAAACUGCCGGCUUCUCUGCCAGUGGAGUUGGGCCCAAAUUCCACUAUGAAUUGGAAGGGCUGAGAUAAUGAGAUGGACACAGAUAUAUUUUAAGUAUAGAUUUGCUCAUUAUCGUUAAUUUUUAUGGUUGAGCUUAAUUGAUGCAGCCUGUGCUGCCUGAGGCCCUGCAGCUGCAUCCUCCUCUGCUGGAUUCAUUCACUGAUGCUGUAGUCAUAUCCCGGCAAUGUGCACAAAAAAAAAGAGAAACGGUCAUUUUAGCAGGAUGUGUUUGAUUUCUUCACUAAAAAAAGCCUUCAUUCAAGGUCAUUUCACUUAGUCCACAACUAUCUAAGCUAUUUAGGAGUCAUUGUGGACCUUGUCUCUACUUGCAUGCAGCGGGCUUCACACCGGCAGUUAAGCUGUCUGUCACUGCGUCAUAAUUUGGGAUGAGGUAUCAGUAGUAGCAGUAAAAGCUGCGACUGGCAGGCAGAUUUCAGGUAGAGACCACAGCCACUUCCAGUUAUACAGAUACAGAUGUUUUCUUGGUUAAACAGAUAAAGACGUCUCUGCACCAACCAAACUUAGAAGAACGGAGAAGUUAGCUUUCGCUCUCGGGGCUUAUGUUAUUGACAGGAGAUAGCUGAGGGGUCCCUGGACUACACAAUGCUUAAUCAACCUUUUGUUCAUGCCUGCUUUCUCUUGUGUGACCUGCAGGCUGCCGAGUCCAUUCAGGCAGAAGAUGAGAGUGCCAAGUUGUGUAAGCGUCGUAUCGAGCACUUGAAGGAGCACAGCAGCGACCAGCCAGCCUCAGUCAACCUGUGGAAGAAGAAACGGAUGGACCGCAUGAUGGUGGAACAUCUGCUGCGAUGUGGUUACUACAACACAGCUGUUAAACUGGCCAGACAGAGCGGUAUAGAGGUAAUGAUCAGUGAAGUAUUUGUUUUUUGACCUGUAGCCUGUCACAUGGAUAGGGACUUAAUUUCUGAAAACAGGGCGAAACUUGAACUCACUGACCCUGUAAAAAACCCACAGUUAUCGUAAAUCACAUUUACUCUGUGACUUUGUGGCUCAAACAUAUUUAAUUUCUUUCUUUUCUGCUCUGUUGGUAGGAUCUGGUGAACAUUGAGAUGUUCCUCACAGCUAAAGAGGUGGAGGAGUCUCUGGAGAGGCAGGAGACAGCCACUUGUCUAGCCUGGUGCCAUGACAAUAAAUCUCGUCUUCGUAAGAUGAAGGUAACUCUUUCACGGGAUAUUGGAAAUUUCGCCUCUUGGAGCCAAAGUGUCUUAUAGUCUUGACAGAUCUCAUAAAGCUACUGUACUGUCCAUACCAAAUCAUCAACAAACUCCAAGGGUUCAAGUUAAGGAUUGAAGGACAAAACUGCACAAAUACUUUCUGGUCAAUCAGCUGCAGCACAGGUGGUGCUCCGAGACAUACCUGUGAUUAGUCAAUUUGGACUUCCUGUUGAUUCUGCCCCUACAGCAGUAGCAAGAUGUUUGAGUGUUAAUCCUGAGAUAAUCAUCUUAAGCACUUUCCACAGAAGAUUAGUAUAACCUGGGGACCUCCGGUAAUUUGUGAAUUACCCCUGACGUCAGUAUUCGUUGUGGAGCAUUCAUACAGGAGAAGUUAAGUCUGUCAUUAAGACGAUAUCAACCCCAUGUAAAUAGGAGCCUUAAACUCUGGAGGCCUGAGCCCAGUUCAGAUCUUUUCAGUGGCAUGAUAACCCUUCGGGGUUAACCUUAUUUUGAUGUUGACCCAUUGUUUAUUCUGUUCCCCCAAAGGCUCAAAAUGCUGGUGCUAUUUUAAUCAGUUUUUUCUGAGAGGAUGUUUAAGAGCAGUUUGUUUUGGCUCUAGUUCAGUAAGAGUACCAGGUACAUUUUAGUUCCAAAAUGGUCUUUCUUUUUAAGUCCUGCCAGCCACAUUGAGUGGAUAAUUGUUUUUUUUUUUAAGUCCCAAAGUUCCAUUAAGCUGAUAAAAUAUCAAAUGCCAGCUUAAAAACCUGCCAGUGCGGCAGGAGCUGUUUUUGAACAGAUCAGUUUCCUCCCUGAUGGUUCAUUCAGGGGGCAGAAAAGAUCCUCUACGAGGUUUUAGAGCUUCAGCUUCUCACUGGCAUUCUUAUCUUUCUCUUUUGCAGAGCUGCCUUGAGUUCAGUCUGAGAAUCCAGGAGUUCAUUGAGCUGAUCAGACAAAACAAACGCAUGGAUGCUGUCAGGUACUACACAUCGAACAACUCUCAUAUACAAUUACUUUUUCACUGUAAAUCAAACACACCAACUUAAACUGUAAAUACAAAUCUGUGUAUUUCUGUGUAUCAGACAUGCAAGGAAGCACUUCAGCCAAGCAGAAGGUGGACAGCUUGAUGAGGUUCGGCAGGUGAUGGGCAUGCUGGCCUUCCCAUCAGAUACACAUAUCUCCCCGUACAAGGUAAAUCUGAAGACGUAUGAAGUGUAGAUGCUUUGUGGUCAGAGCCUUUAAAACACAUACAAAACAUUCAGCCAUUAGACUAAUCAGGAUUUUUAUCAUUGAAGAGUAUUUGUCUCAAAAUGUCUUGAUGACAAAUGUUAAUAAUACAAAGCAGACUGAUCAUCCAACUUGCAUGCCAGCCAAUCGUGUCAAUAAUUAAAGCAGUGUUUAAAUUCUAAGAGGAAAAUAAUCCAAAGUAAGGUUUUAAUACUCAUAAGGUAAUCAAUAAUUGGCAUAACACUUUUUUUAUUGUCAAGUUUAUUUUUAUAAAAGCUACACCACACUAUUAUUUGAGGAAUUCCCAUCUCUCUAAGCAGUAAAGUGCUAUAGCUACAUUGAGGCCACUAGAGGGCAUUUGUUGUCUUUCAAAAAAUACCUCACUUCUCUCAUACCUCUGUAAAGUUGUCCUUGGAGAGGGCUCCUUUCAGCAGGAGAGUUGUUAUUUUUAAGAUUUCACUCAUGAGCUAGACUAAUGCAACAAAACUUUAUCUAAAAAAGCAGCUAAGAGAGGCAAAAAAGUCAGAAGAGGAACUAAUCUCUGCCAGCACAUUCAUGAUUAUUUUUUAAAGAUUUGAGUUCUUCAUCUGUUCGAUCACUCUUUCACUUCUCAUUAAGGUAUAAGUCCACUUUAUGUAGUGCAGGUUAACUUGUGAUAACGAGUAAGAAAUUUAACUGUUAAGAAUUUACUCUAGUUACACUUGUGGAACAUCUUUGGAGUGAAACCCCCCUUCCAGCACACUCAGCUGUGUUUGAAGGGGGGUGGGUCGUUAAUCACAGUUUGCUGAAAACAAACACAGAGCUUUGAUAUCCUAACCAAUGAUUUUUAACUGAAAAGCCUGAAACCAUGUACUGACGGAAGUGACUACUAGGCCAGUGUCUGUUUGCCAAGUCUAGUGUGACCAUGUGAAAAUGAGGCUGUGUGUUUGAGUUCACACUGCUCCAGUGUUUGCAGUGUUAUCCAGUAUAUGAGGGGAACAAACAGAGCUUGUGUGGGAUAGGAUAAACAGUCUUUUUGAAUUAGAAAUGUCUGGGUCAGUUUUUGUUGUUUAAUAUUGAAUGUUACGUAACUCACUGUCUUCUGUGUCUGUGUCCAUCAUUUGUUUCCCAUCAGGAUCUCUUGGAUCCAGCCCGCUGGAAGAUGCUGAUCCAGCAGUUUCGAUAUGACAACUACAGACUGCACCAACUGGGAAAUAACUCUGUCUUCACUAUUACCCUACAGGCUGGACUGUCUGCCAUCAAGACACCGUAUCCUUCCACACUUUUGUUCUGGUGUAACAUCUGUCAUAUGAAGUGUUGAUCCUGUAACUUCUCACUUUCCUCUCUUAACUCCUACAUUUUAGUCAAAAUCCACCCUGAUAGGUGUUCUUUAUUCCUUAAUUAUAUCCGUUUCAGUCAGUGCUACAAGGAGGAUGGUACUUCAAAGAACCCAGACUGCCCAGUCUGCAGUAAAUCCCUCAACAAGUUGGCCCAACCCCUACCCAUGGCCCACUGCGCCAACUCCAGACUAGUCUGCAAGAUAUCUGGGGAGGUCAUGAAUGAAAACAACCCUCCAAUGAUGCUUCCUAAUGGAUAUGUCUAUGGAUACAAUGUGAGUACACGACAAGAUGAAUUAGGUUAAGCUGGAACUCUUUCUGUUGUCAGCACUGAAGCAAGAAAAAAAAAAAACAAUUUUCAAUUUAUGUUCCUUUAUUUCUCAUCUCUUACAGUCUCUGCUGUCCAUCCGCCAAGAUGACAAAGUGGUGUGUCCCAGAACCAAAGAAGUCUUCAACUUCUCCCAGGCUGAGAAAGUCUAUAUCAUGUGAUCACCCAGAUAACUUGUCUGAGCGUUAACAUGAUUGAAUACGGCCCGUUAUUCAUCAUCUCAGACCAGGCCGAACAGAGAGCCACCUGUGGAGCUGUGAUCCAGUGCCCCCCCAACCCCCCACCAAACAUUACCCACAACCCCACACUUCUCAAUACAUGAUCAACAGCAGAUAGUCUCUUCUCUUGCCCCACCCAUAUUUUCACACAGAAACUGGACUCCUCUCCUUUCAGACUUUUAGAUGUGGCUAGAUAACAAGUUGUUCCAUUCAAGCACAUGGACUAUCAUCAUCAUUAUUUCACAGUCUCUUGCUCUAGAAAAGGGCUGAGGAACUGAAAAAUGCUAGGUAGAGAUUUGUUUUUACUACAACAAAUAAAAACUUGUUGAGGUUACUUUGAUCUUUUUCUUUUACUAGUGGUAUUUUUCUUUACAUUUUACUUACAUGGUGUGUCAAAGUCGAGAUAUCUUGCUCCAUUAACCAGACUUAACCAGAGAUUUGGUCUUUUUCAGACAAAAAUGGCUGGCUUCCUGGUCGUAAAGUAGCAUCUCAUUCUUUGAUGCAUGCUGUAUACAUCCUUUGUCUUCUGGCCAUGUUUUUGUGUGGUUGUGUUCGGGGGGGGAAUGUGUAGAAUGAAUCCUUCUAACUGCCUCUUUUUUUUGCAUUUGAUCCCCGUUUGGCUGUGAAACCAGAGCCCGGUUUGAUCCAGUAGGCUCCUUUUCAAGUGUAAAUAUUAGAUAGGAAUCGAUCAUCCUCGUGUAAAUUGAGGAAAAGAUUCAGAAAAGACAUGACACAAGAUUAGUCUCCAAGAAAGAUUGCUGUGUGAGCUGAGUCUUUUCUUCGCCCAUCUAGUCCAUAGCAUCCUCAAGUUAACUGGUUGUUCAGUUAAACUUGUAAUUACGGAGGAAGCUGUUAGUUUCACAGACUUUGAUACAUUCAUUAUGGUAUAAAUGCUACUCUAAUGAAACUGAGGGCAAUACUCAAGGAAGAAACCCAUAUUUGAUGUGUUUAGUAUCAAACUAAUUGUCUUCCUUUUUUGUGCGGUUUAUCAUUUUCAGUUCACUACAUUAAUUUUACAUUUCUCUUUCAUUCUUCAUCUAAAACGGUACAUUUCACAGAACUUCUUCUGUUCAGAGAUGAAGCCCCAGCUGAUAUCAGUUAACGUACCCAAUGAGUUCAUUCUUCGAAAAUAACAGACGGCAGUGCCGAUUCUUUUUUUUCUAUUAGUUUGGUAAUGCUCCUUGCACAGACUCCAAUGGGUUUGCAGCAGGAGAAAGAACAAAUACUGUUUUAAUGUUGUAUGUUUUUUCAUGAACAUGCCAGCCUUCAUACAAGAAACGCAGAAAGAGGCAGGAUCUGAACCUCACCAAGACAGGUCAUCUAAAACAUCUCAUCUCUGACUGGAAACCCACUGAAGAUUAUGAAUGGACAGGGAAUGUGGGCAAAACAAGGGGAUAUACACAAACCUUGACAACUUACUUCCAUGAAAGUUAACGCACAAGUAACUGCUUAAUUGUGAACAUUACACCAUCAGUCCAUAACCUCUUCCAUUUUUGUUUUUUGACAGACCAAAAGUUGCCUCAUUUGUGUCCUUCAAUGAGUUGGAAGUGUAUCUGUAAAGACACAGACUGUCCUGUGUGUUCUUGUCGGUAGAAUAGAUAAAGGGAAUGUUUCAUGAGAAAAAUGUCUCAUAAAGAUUUCAGUGAACUUUGA